AUGAGAGCCUAUUCACAGCCUAUUCACAAUUUGUCAAAACGUUUGGAGCGUUGGGCUGAGCAUUUUGAAAAGCAAUUUAAUCGGCUAGAAUUGUUCGAUUCUUCGCCGGCGAGUGAUCGCCCUGCUCCGUGGGCUGUCCCUUUGGAUCCACCCUCUCGCUCAGAAGUCGAACGUGAGAUCGGACUGUUGAAGUUGAACAAAACCGCGGGACCAGAUGAUCUUCCUCCAGCCCUCUUCAAAUUCGGAGGCUCUGCUCUUGUUGAUGCUUUACAUGAAUAA